AUGGCCCCCGCUACCAACCCCACCGCGCCAACCACCAACAACUGGACCCACCCUUUCGGCGCACUCGAUGCCCAGCCUGCGAAUGUAGCUGGUGCCGCGGCGGCCUCCCCCUCACGGGUGGCCAUUGUCAACUCCCUGCUGCCCACCAUCAUUCCGUCGACGGACAGCCCCUCCUCCACGGCGGUUAAUAUUCUGCUGAUAUUCGCCAUCAUACUCGCCAUCGCCGGCAGCAUCACCAUUGUCUGGCUCUGGAUCAGGCGUCGCACCCGCCGAGACCGGGUUCCUCAAAAGCAAGCAUGGGACGACGGCAAUCCGUUCGCCAAGUCCAUGCUCUCGCGGCCCCAACUCAUCAUGCACAUGGGCGCCACCGAGGAGAAGACGCAGGACGCAUUACUACAAGAAGUCCCCAACGUUUUCCGGAUCCUCGGACGACCAAACGUGGCCACCAAAGACGGCGAUGUCGACGAGGCCAUCCCCGAGUAUCAGAAGGCCACACAGUAG